UGGCCUAAGGGACUGGACUGUUUUUUUCGAAUUCUUGUUUUCUGCUUGAGUUGGUCUGCUUUGAUUAGGGACAGUGGAGAUGAGACCUGUGCGGACAGUUUUCUAUGGAGGGACUGCAGGAUGUGUCCUUCUGUGUUGGUAUUUCUAUGUGUAUUUGAAUGACCUUCCUCCGACUCAAAAGACACGCCUGACCCCUCAUCUACUUUACCGAGGGGAGGACGUUCAGUCAUCACCACUCGAAAAUGACUCAAGGGGAGGGACACCACUACACCCACCAGCCUCCAGAAACCAGGCGAUUCAGUUCACACCGACUGGGAUCCCGCGAAACAGGAAAGUGCAGGCCCCACCGGUCCUGAGGGGUGGAUAUGUGGCUGUGGAGGGCAGACUAAAGGAAUAUUGUAACCCUCCUUCUAGUGACCUGAGGGCAAGCGAGGAAGGAAACGUGGGAGACGAAUUCCAGUUGAAAUCUGUUCACGUGAUUAUUCGUCAUGGUGACCGAUCCCCAAUACACAGCAUCAUUAAUCAUCCAAACAGCAAACUGUCAUGCAAGUUUGACUCCAGAUUCCUGAUGAAAGACCGAAUACUCACUAGCUAUCUGAAUAAAUUACAGAAAACUGAAACAAACUUCCAUCCAAAAAGUGAUUUUAGAAACUGGGAACUAUAUCCGAAAAAAGAUUUUUGUGACGGAGCUCAACUGACCCCUUUAGGGGCCCUUCAGCAUUUGAAAAUAGGACAAUUUCUUCAGGAAAAAUAUUUUACGAAUUUGUUUAAAGGUAAUUUUUCCUAUAAUGAUAUACACAUCAAGAGUACAGAAUAUUCCAGAACUUUCCAGAGUGCGGUUGCACUAUUGUACGGAUUCCUACCUGAUUUUGAUUUGCAGAAAAUCCAAAUGCAUCUGUCACCGGAUGUGCUGUUCUGUUCCUCUGAAGUCACCAAGCUUACUUGUCGAUGUCCCUUAGCCCAGUUUUUUAAACUAAAGGCUAACGGUUUGGCAGGAAGUCAUAAUCGAAACGAUUCUGAACAUCAAAAUUUAAAACAGCAAAUAGCAGACAUUUAUAAAAUUCAACCUGGUCAGGUGCCGUGGCUUGAAGCUGUCGUGGAUAUUGCGAUGGCACACAUUUGCCAUCAGGUGUCACUGCCUUGCAAUGAAAGAAACGAGUGUAUUGAUAAAAAUAUAAUCAACAAAAUGUGGAAUAUCGUAGAUUCAGAUGGUGUGAAAUUUAAAUCAAGAAGUGAACUAUACUUGAAAUUUGCUCAUUUAGCGUUACAUCCGUUAUUGACAGAAAUUUUAAUGCGAAUGAAAGAUAAUGUGCUUUUGAAAGAUAAUCGUAAAUUUGUAUUAUAUUCAGGGCAUGAUAUAUCGUUAUCACCAUUAAUUACUCUUUUAGGGCUUCAUUUGGAUGGGAAAUGGCCUCCUUAUGCCUCAAGGGUUGUGUUUGAACUUUAUACAAAAAGAGCUAGUAGAUUUCCAGUUCAGGCUUUUAUUCGUGUAUUAUACAAUGGUAAAGAUAGAACAAAAGAUUUGAUAUUUUGUAGAAAAUUGCAUCAUGGAUUAUGUCGAUUACAUCAUUUUAAAGAAUUUAUUGAUAAUCAUUUAAAAGUAUAUGAUAUUCAUGAUUUUAAUACUCAAUGUUUACACAUUACUGAUGGUAUAUAGAAUAAAUUUAUU